GCUACCGCAGCCGCAACAGAGGAAGAAAACAAGGAACAAGUGAUGAACGAGCUAAGCUAGCUGUCUAGAAACAGCAACACAGAGAAAUAAACACCCCACGGUGUGUGGGGCAAAACCAUGGCGUUCAUAACAGCAAACUGGAAUCCGCUCGGGGAGGCGUUUUACAGGAAAAUCGAGCUGUAUGAGAUGGGCUGGAGUUUGCGGGAUGGUUUGAAGGACUGUCUAGUGGCAGCUGCCCCUUAUGGAGGACCAAUAGCCCUGCUGAAGGAACCCCAGAGACGUUCUCCCAGCUCUCGUCCUCAAUUAGAGAUCUACUCCUCAUCAGGCUCCUCCAUGGCCAGCUUCCCGUGGAAGAGUGGUCCGGUGUGCCAGCUGGGCUGGACUGUGUGUGAUGACCUGCUGUGCAUCCAGGAGGACGGAACCGUUCUCAUAUACGACCUGUUCGGAACCUUCAAGAGACACUUCAGCAUGGGCAACGAGGUGACCCAGUACCAGGUUCUGGAGUCCAAGGUGUUCCACUCGCCUUACGGAACCGGCGUUGCCAUAGUAACGGGGGCCUCACGGUUUACCCUGGCAACGAACAUCGACGACCUGAAGUUGCGGAGGCUCCCUGAAGUUCCGGGCCUCCAGGGGAAGCCUUCCUGUUGGGCGGUGCUGACUCAGGACAGACAGAGCAAAGUGCUGCUGGCCAACGGGGCUGAUCUAUACAUACUGGACAACACAGCCUGCACUGCUGUGACCCCGCCAGGCCUCUCUCCUCAGGCCAGCAGCAUCCUUCACAUGGCGGUGUCCUUCAGCUACAAGUACCUGGCUCUCUUCACUGACUCUGGACACGUGUGGAUGGGAAGCUCCAACCUGAAGAACAAGAUCAGUGAAGUGGAGACUAAAGUCAGGACACCCCCAAAACAGAUGGUCUGGUGUCGGAGGCCCAAGAGCCGGCAGGCUUCAGUGGUCAUCAUGUGGGACCGGCUCCUCCUAGUGGCCGGGGAGUGUAAAGACACCAUCCAAUACCCCCUGGAGGAGGAGUGUGUGUUGGUGGCAGAGCUGGACGGGGUGAGGCUCGUGGGCGGGGCCAGACACGAGCUGCUCCAGGAAGUGCCUGCUGCCUGCGAGGACAUCUUCAAGAUCGCCUCCAUGGCUCCUGGAGCUCUGCUGCUGGAGGCACACAAGGAGUACGAGAAGUCCAGCCAGAAGGCAGAUGAGUACCUGAGAGAGAUCAAGGAGCAGAGUGUGCUGGGAGAGGCAGUGAGGCAGUGUGUCGAGGCAGCUGGGUACGAACAUGAACCAGACACCCAGAAAACACUGCUGAGGGCGGCCUCCUUUGGGAAGUGCUUCCUCAGUAACUUCCCUCCAGAUCAGUUUGUCAGCAUGUGCAGAGAUCUGCGAGUGCUCAACGCUGUCAGAGACUACAACGUGGGAAUCCCCCUCACUCACUCACAAUACAAACAGAUGACAGUUCAGGUCCUCAUUGACAGGUUAGUGUACCGUAAGCUGUAUCCUCUGGCUAUUGAGAUCUGUCGCUACCUGAAGACUCCAGAGUACCAAGGCGUCAGCAGGGUACUCAAGCACUGGGCCUGCUGCAAGGUCCAGCAGAAGGAGGAGGCUGAUGAUGUCAUAGCGCGUGCUGUGAGUGUGAAGCUGGCCGAGGCUGCAGGAAUCUCCUACUCUGAGAUCGCCACCAGGGCCUACGAGUGUGGCAGGACGGAGCUGGCCAUUAAGUUGUUGGAGUUUGAGCCUCGUUCAGGAGAGCAGGUUCCUCUGCUGCUGAAAAUGAAGAGGAGCCAGCUGGCUCUCAGCAAGGCUAUCGAGAGUGGAGACACAGACCUGGUUUACACAGUGGUCACAUACCUGAAGAACGAGAUGAACAGAGGAGAUUUCUUCAUGACACUCCGGAAUCAACCAGUCGCCCUCAGUCUCUACAGACAGUUCUGUAAGCACCAGGAGCAGGACACUCUAAAGGACCUCUUCAACCAGGAUGAUGACCACCAAGAGCUGGGCAACCUGUAUGUGAAGGCCAGCUACAAGGAGAAGAGGCUGGAGGCUCGCUUCUCUCUGCUGCAGAGUGCUGUGGACGAGUACAACAAGGCCAAGAAUGAGUUUGCUGCCAAGGCGACAGAGGAGGAGAUGAAGCUGCUGCGUUUGCAGCGGCGUCUGGAUGAGGAGAAGGGGGAGGCUCUGCUGGGCCUGUCUGUCCAGGAAACCCUGGAGGGCCUGCUGGCCUCCAACCUGCACAAGCAGGCCGAGCAGCUCUACAGAGACUUCCGGGUGCCCGACAAGAGGUACUGGUGGCUGAAGUUGAAGGCCCUGGCAGAGAAGGAAGACUGGGAGGAGCUCGAGAAAUUCGCCAAAAGCAAAAAGUCUCCUAUAGGCUACCUGCCGUUUGUCGAGGUGUGUAUGAAACACCACAACAGGCACGAGGCCAAGAAGUACGUCUCCAAGGUGACGCCGGAACAGAAGGUCAAAGCUCACCUGGCAGUAGGGGACCUGGAGGGGGCAGCGGAGGCAGCCAUGGAGAGACGUAGCGAGGGAGAGAUCAGCACAGUCCUCUCCCGCUGUUCUCCAACCACAGACAGAGCCCUUGUCGAAAAGCUCAACCGUGCCAGAGCCACCGCCGCCAAAAAGUGACCUGCAUUAAAAACAACUUGCCAGUUGCACUGGAGCCACCGCUGUCAAAUAGUGACCCCUGUCAACAUUAACCGCACUUGACGUACUCCACAUUUAUACACUUGGGCCCUCAUCACAUUUGGGAAAAUAUUGUUUGACAAAAGAAGGACAUAAAGUUGGUCAAACUGACAGAAAAGCCUAUAAGAAAACAUUCUGCUCGUUCUCAAAAUAAUUGUUGAAACUUUUUGUUUGACACAUUUUCUGGUGAUGGUGGUGGGUGGGUUAUCCGGGAACUCACAUAUUACUAUUACUCUGAAUCCAGUGAGUGAGUGUAAUACACCCUCCUCCCUCAGAGGUGAAAGAGAGAAAACGGGGGCAGGCAAUUUAAAUAUGGCCAUUUGUUUUUGUUGUUUGUUUUUUAAGGAUGUUAUCAUGUGACAUUAAAUUAUGUUAAUGAUUGCA